AUCAGUCUCAACCACAAACACUUCCCUACUCUCCGUAGUCCACAAGGAAGAGCUUCAAUCUCUUUGAAUCGCUAGUUCCAAGAACAUUUGCCUGAAAAGAUGGCAGGCAUUGUCAAUUUCAGACCAACACCAGUUAUUCGACCAUCUUUAGCUCCAGGAAAACCUCUGAAUCGUGUCUCUUUUAAGAUUUCUGCAGAGAUUAAAGAAACAUCACAAAACCUCGGGGUUUCUUCUACUUCAUCUCCUACAAUAAAACCCCCUCCUAAUUUUAAACCCCCAAAACCCACACGAUUUGCGAUACGUCCUGAUAGGAUUCUCGACGUCUUGACGGCUUCUCUCGGCUUGAUAUUUCGCCUUGGUACUGGAAUUUUCGUGUCCGGGUAUUCAGCAUCCUUUGUAUCUAGAAAUGAGAUCCCACCGGGCGACUAUGCAUUUGAAAUCGGAGGUGUUACGGUGAAAGAAACUUCAAAAUUAGGUCCUCGUCCAGAGAAACCUAUUGAGAUCUAUGAAUUUGAGGGCUGUCCAUUCUGUAAGAAGGUUAGGGAAAUUGUGAGUGUGUUGGAUCUUGAUGUCUUGUACUAUCCUUGUCCAAUGAAUGGUCCAAACUUCCGUCCCAAGGUUGCUCAAAUGGGUGGAAAGAAGCAGUUCCCUUACAUGGUUGAUCCAAACACAGGUGUUGCAAUGUAUGAAUCAGACAGCAUCAUUAAAUAUUUGGCUGAGAAAUAUGGUGAUGGAACUGUUCCUCUUUCAUUGUCACUUGGACUAUUAACCACUUUAACUGAGGGAUUUGCUAUGAUCGGUCGUAUGGGGAAGGGAAGUUCAUAUACUCCUUCAAAACUGCCUCCUAAACCUCUUGAGUUGUGGGCGUAUGAGCCUUCUCCCUUCUGCAAAGUUGUACGCGAAGUCUUAGUUGAGUUGGAGAUACCACACAUACUACACAGCUGUGCUCGUGGAAGUCCUAAGCGACAAAUACUUUUUAAGAAGGCAGGACAUUUUCAGGUACCUUACUUGGAAGACCCCAAUACAGGAGUGGAAAUGUUUGAAAGUGCAGAAAUUGUAGAUUAUCUCAGGGCAACUUAUGUAAGUUAAGCUUAACAAAUGCCUGCUUUGUAUUUUUCUUACGUAUACCAUAGCUUAUACUUGUAUGUAUUUUAGGUUGUACUAGUAACCAAGCAUGUUCUUUCUGUAUCAUUCAUAUAUCAGAGGCUUGUUACAGCAAAUGUAUAUGUAACCUUACAAUUUUCUUAAUUGAGUAACACUUUCUUAUCUUAUGCCA